AUGGAUUCAAGCACCGCAGGCUGGGAGGCUGACAGAGCACAGCAUGCAGGCAACUACUCUGAAGCUUCAUUUUGUGACAUCAUAUCCCGAACCACUACACUGCUUUCCUUUAUUAUUGCCCUGGUUGGGCUGGCAGGAAACACUACAGUGCUGUGGCUUCUGGGCUUCCGUAUGGGUAGAGAUGCCUUCUCUGUCUACAUCCUCAAUCUGGCUGGGGCGAAUUUUCUCUUCCUCUGCUCUCACAUCCUGUUUUUCCUAAAGGCAGUCCUUUUCUUCUUCCACUCUAUCUCCUUCCACAUCCCUAGGUUUUUCAAUGUCCUGUUUAACUUUGCCUAUCUUGCAGGUAGGAGCAUGCUUAGUGUCAUUAGCAUUGCGCACUGCCUGUCCGCUCUGUUGCCCAUACGGUACCGCUGUCGAAGGCAAAGACACACAUCCACUGCCAUGUAUGCUCUCCUCUGGACAUUGUCUCUAAUAUUGAGCAUCCUGAAAGGAGAGGCAUGUGGCACCUUGUUUAAUGGUUUUGAUCAUGGUUGGUGUAAGAAAUUAGAUUUCAUCACUUUUGCUUGUUUAAUUGUUCUAUUUGUGGUCCUCUCAGGGUCUAGCCUGGCCCUGAUGAACAGGGUCUUCUGUGGCUCACACAGGAUUUCUGUGACCAGGCUGUAUGUGACAUCCCUCACAGUGCUGGUCUUCCUGCUCUUUUCUUUGUCCUCUGGGAUCUACUUGUUCCACUUAGGUUGGAUUGAUGAGGUUUAUAGUGGUUUCCCUUGUAGUGCUUUUGAAAUAUCAGCAUUCUUAUCCUGUGUUAACAGCUGUGUCAACCCCAUCAUUUACUUCCUGGUUGGUUCCAUUAGGCACUGCAGGUUCCAAUGUCAGACUCUGAAGUUGUUUCUGCAGAGAGCCCUGAAGGACACUCCCGAGGAGGAGGAAAGUGCAGAGAGGGCUUCUUCCAGAAAGUCUGGAGAGCUAGAGCCAGUCUAG